CCCCCGACACCAGAGUUUUGACCCACCAUGGGAACCGUACUGUCCAUCUCACCCAGCUCCCGUAAACCGGGCUACUACGAAAACCACGCCGGUUCCCUCAGCCACUACCCGAGCAUCAGCAGCCGCUCGCUCAACAGCCAGAGGGAGCGCGGACUGAAGAGGGGCCAGUCCAUCUUCCUGCCGGCACUCACGUGGAAGAGACUGGUGGCCUCCACGAAGAAGAAGGGCAACAACAACAAGAAGGGUUCCUCGGGAGUGCCGUCCAACCUCGGGGAACCCCUGAACAACAACAACAACAUCAGCAUCUACCAGAAGGACUCGGUGCUGCACCUCAACCGAGAGAAUGUGAAGAAGUCGCUGUCCUGCGCCAACCUGUCCAGCUACGAGGGUCCGGCGGGUCUGGGCCUGGGCCUGGGGCUUGGAUAUGGACUGGGGAUGGGUCAGGGCCACGGAUACGCCUACGGCAAACCUCAGCAGGUGUCCUCUGUGACGAAAGUCCCGCCAAAUGUUGCGACCUCGUCCCCUAAGCGAGUGAUCGUGCAGGCGUCCACCAGCGAGCUGCUGCGCUGCCUGGGCGAGUUCCUGUGUUGCCGCUGCUACCGACUGAAGCACCUGUCCCCCGCCGACCCCGUCCUCUGGCUGCGGGCUGUGGACCGAUCGCUGCUGCUCCAAGGAUGGCAGGACCAGGCCUUCGUCACGCCGGCCAACGUCGUCUUCGUCUACAUGCUGUGCCGAGACGUGGUGGACGGCGACCUGGUGGCGUCGGAGCACGAGCUGCAGGCCAUCCUGCUCACCUGCCUCUACCUGUCCUACUCCUACAUGGGCAACGAGAUCUCGUACCCCCUGAAGCCCUUCCUGGUGGAGGCGGGUAAGGAGGCCUUCUGGGACCGCUGCCUGGCCAUCAUCGACGCCACCAGCUCCAAGAUGCUGCGGAUCAACGCAGACCCGCACUUUUUCACACAGGUGUUCGCCGAACUGAAGAGCGAAGGCAGCUGUGUUCCUCAGGAUUACAGUCGCAUGUUGGAUCGGUGA